AUGGUGGAGCUACCACUGCCCUCUGUAGAGGGUCUACCUCCUGAAGCCGACAACACCGCCGAUAUUCCCAUUGAAAUGGCAGAUCUGUUGAAGAUAGCUCUUGACGGCCUCCAGAAUCCCUUUGAACACCUUCUACGUCGGAUUCAACCGGAUUAUAUAAUUCAUGAUUUCUCACAGCACUGGGCUGCCAAGUUUGGUAUCCCCGCUGUUUAUUUCUGCAUUUUCAGUGCGUCGGCCAUCGCUUAUGCUGCAGUACCAAGCAAAAACAAGGCCGGGGAAACCACUAUAGAGGAUUUGACCGCGCCACCGCCGGAUUAUCCAUCGUCUGUCAUAGCUUACAAACCAUACGAAGCUAGCUCAGUUUUAGCUGGGUAUAAUGGCCACGACGAUGGAGGUAUGACAAUUUUGGGUCAGUUUUUUGAAUCUAUGGAGGCAUGUAAACUAAUGCUCGUCCGAUCAUGCUUUGAAUUCUCUGUACAAAAUGUGUUAGAUAUUGUACUGGAUAUAAACAAAAUGACUCUUCCAUUUCCCGUAUGCGUUUCUUAUUGA